ACCGUUACUAAUAUCUUCAUCAGGACCUAUGACACAAGCUGCCAGAUCGCGAUCAAGAUACCAAACUUCUAGAAAUAAUGCUAGUGUAUCGGCUCCAGUUUCACCAGGUUAUAUCAGUUCAGCUGGAGAAGCCUCGGAUACUUUAUCUGUGAACAUCACCAAUCGUCGAAUAAAUCGUAAUAAUAAUCGUAGAACGAACGCAAGUGCACCAGCCUCACCUGGGCGCAAUAUGAUAUCGUCUCGAUCAAUAAAUUAUACAAAUAAUAAUGUAAUAACGCCUGCUACUGCUCAAAAUGGCGAUGAUGACGAUCUAAAUUUAAUGAAUCUUGCGAAUUAUUUCGAUCCGGUUCAUAUUGCUGAUCUAGACGGUCAUACUGCCAUUGUCAAUAGUCUUGAGUUUGCACAUCGCAGCAAUAAGUUAUUAUCAGGAGCGGAAGAUGGCACUGCACGCGUUUGGGAAUAUAAUUAUGUCUUUAAACGGUGGACUUCAAUCAUUUUGGACAUUAGAGGUUCUAAUAAUAACGCAAAGGUGACUUCUAUGCGUUGGAGCCUCGAUGAUACUAAAGUGAUAAUUGGAAAUAAUUACGGUAUUAUUACAAUCUUUGAUAGCGAAAAUGGAGAAGUUAGAGUUCGUAUAAAUGCGCACAAUGAUAAGAUAUUUGUACUAGAUAUUCAUCCACAUGAUUCUCGUGUGAUGAUGUCUGCAGGAUAUGAUGGCC